AAUCUUGAUUGGCUCCCAGUGCAGUAGAAUUCAGGUAAUUCUCGACUUACAAUCACAAUGGCGUUCAAAAUUUCCUUGGCUAAUUGAAGUAUUUCUUAAGUGAAUUUUGCUCCAUUUUAAGACCUUUCUUGCCACAGUUAAAUGAAAUCACUGCAGUUGUUAAAUUAGUAACACAGUUGUAAAGGGAAUCUGGCUUCACCCCUCCCCCCCAUUGAUUUUGCUUGUCGGAAGAUUGUAAAAGUUGAUCGCAUGACCCUGGGACACUGCAACCAUCAUAAAUAUAUGCCAGUUGUCAAGCAUCUGAAUUUUGAUCACAUGACCAUGGGGAUGUUGUAAUGGAUCUGGUGAAGAAAAAUCACAAAGUCUUUUUUUUUGGUGGGGGGGGUGCCUUUGUAACUUGGAACAGUUACUGAAUGAAUGGUUCUAAAUCAAGGACAAGGGAACCUGUAUUCCCUUAAUCAUAUAAAACAAUACAAUCUACCAAUGAUUUUUAGAUUUUCAUUUGGGUGUGCAUACAGCAUCCUAAGAAACAUUCUCUGCAAUUUGGUUGGGGAAGAAUAUAUUGAGCAGGGCUUUUACAGCGUUAGUCCCCUUGAGGCUAGUGAUGACACUAUGAAAAAUAAAUGGGAAAGUACAGUAUGAAGAAAACUCAGAAGCUAUGACCCAAACAUCACUGACCAUUUAAACCAUCCUCCCCGGCAAUCCGAAAGGAGUUAUAAUCCGCGGAAACCCAGGUCGCAACCAAGGUGUAAACUUUACAUAAUCUUUGUUGAGUAUUUUUUUUGCCCGAGAAAGCCGGAGUUUUGCCAUCCUGUAUUUAUUCAAGCAACGAGAGCUGCGGAAGGGAAAGCGUUCGCCAAGCUCCCUCGUGGGGAUGGUCACGCAGGGAAACUGGCCGAUGGCGGAGGCAGAUCAGCCGGCUGUACCACGCAACGUACCUCGGUCUCUUCCUUCCAGCAGGGCAACUCGUCUCAUUAUGAAACUGCCAACUGCUAGAUAGAUCUUGCAACGUGGUUACGGGCGAAGUCUGCUGCUCCCAAUGCUGUCUCUUUAGCCGCCGUUGGAGUGCAGAACAGACGACGGUGAGCCGCCGUUUCCCUUUUGCAAUGAUCGCGGAGAUCAAAGUAUUCAACCAAAUCUAUCAUUUGCCUCCAGGUGGAUGCCUCCUCUUGCACACCUCGUCGACUAUGUAGCCGAGUCUUUUUAAGGGGCACCCUCGCGUGAAUAUUCGGAAGAACUACAUUACCCAGAAAUCAACGCGCUAGUCGUGCAAAGGACGUCUGCGCACUAAGACACUCGGAUCCAAGUUUGGAGCUUUUAGCUGCCAGUCCUGGCCCAUCAUGUAGGUGCAGCACAGCUUUCCUUCCCAUUGCAAUAGCGGGAGAAACCCCACUUUGCAAUCUGUUUUGCAAGGCGUGCAAUUGCAGCUCCUUCCUCUGCAAGGAAAUCUGCUGUGAGAAGUCAGAAAAACUCCAGUUGCAUGAAGAUUGAGCGCUUGCAGUUUGCAUCUUUGUUGCAAAACUAGCUACAGAAGGCAAAGUCUUUUGUGUUCCCCUCCCCCAUCAAAGCAGAGGGGAAAAUGUCUCAGAGAGGCUCCCUGAUGCUCUUGACUGUCAGUCAUACAUAACGGAAAGCUAUUAUGCUGCAAAACAACAUCCAGCGUCUUCUCUGUCGUUAGCACUAAGCAGACUAUAAGACCCCCUAUGAGAGAAAAUGAAGGACGGUUGCAGCCAAGUGUCUGCCUGCCUUAAAAAGAAAAAGAAUGUCCUGUCUGAGUAGAAUGAUUCCAGAGGGAUGACAUCAUGAUAAAUUGGUGCUUUGUAAUUGGUUAUUCCCCACAGCAGCCAUUCAGGACACCUCAAAAUUCUGGAUACAUUCAUCAGUUCCAAAUGGUUGGACAGCGUUACCCCUGGUUAGCCUUGUAAUUUUUGAGUUGUGGUGUUUUUUUUUUCUGGGGAGUGCCGAGCGUUGAAGUCAGCAUUGAUUCUUGGUGACUGCCUUGACCAGUGAUGGUGAACAUUUUGGGCUCAGAGUGUCGAAAAUUCAGACAAUGCCUAACUUGACUCUGGGCAUAUCACAUUCCCAAAUGAAAGAGAAACGGUCCUCUACUGUCACUCCUAUCUAGGCCAUCAUGAAUUACUGCUGUCAUUCAAAAAGUCUACCUCGCACUGCUCUCCAAGGCAAGAAGAAAAAUCCAGGUUUGAAAAUUCCUAAAGAAGCAUUUGAACAACCACAGACAAGCUCAACGCCACCUAGAGAUUUGGAUUCCAAAGCUUGCAUUAAUAUUGGAGACAAGAACUUUGAAGUUAAAGCCGAUGACCUGGAGCCAAUAUCGGAAUUAGGACGUGGUGCAUAUGGGGUGGUAGAGAUGAUGCGACAUAUGCCCAGCGGGCAAAUAAUGGCAGUGAAGCGAAUCCGAGCAACAGUGAAUAGCCAGGAACAGAAGAGGCUAUUGAUGGACUUGGACAUUUCUAUGAGAACCGUAGACUGUCAUUUCACUGUCACGUUCUACGGUGCGCUAUUUCGAGAGGGCGAUGUGUGGAUUUGUAUGGAAUUGAUGGAUACCUCACUGGACAAAUUCUACAAGCAAGUGAUUGACAGGGGCUUAACGAUUCCUGAGGAUAUCCUAGGGAAAAUAGCUGUCUCUAUUGUAAAAGCAUUAGAACACCUACAUAGUAAACUCUCUGUAAUUCACAGAGAUGUCAAGCCUUCCAAUGUACUGAUUAAUACACAAGGACAGGUGAAAAUGUGUGACUUUGGAAUUAGUGGGUACCUCGUUGAUUCUGUGGCUAAGACAAUGGAUGCUGGCUGCAAACCGUAUAUGGCACCUGAAAGAAUCAACCCGGAACUAAACCAAAAGGGCUACAGUGUAAAAUCUGAUAUUUGGAGUCUGGGGAUUACAAUGAUUGAAUUAGCAAUCUUGCGGUUUCCAUAUGACUCCUGGGGGACGCCGUUCCAGCAGCUCAAACAGGUAGUGGAAGAACCAUCACCACAGCUCCCUGCAGACAAGUUUUCAGCUGAAUUCGUUGAUUUUACCUCACAGUGCUUGAAGAAAAAUUCCACAGAAAGACCUACAUAUCCUGAGCUAAUGCAACACCCCUUCUUUACCUUUCAUGAAUCCAAAGAAACAGAUGUGGCUUCUUUUGUCAAACUCAUCCUGGAAAACUGAAAAAAAAAUGGACUUGUACAUUAUUUUAUUCUUUGAUGGACUGGUGGGAUUAAGGAGGAGGGGGUCAUGGUAGGACAGCCUUCAUUACAGGAAAGCCAGAGGAGAGCUUAACUGGUGGCCAUUUUCCUUUUAUUUUUUUGUAAAAUCCUAAUCUCCUUCCCUUGAAGGCUUUUUUAAAGGGUUCUUUGGUAUUCAUAGUGAUAUAGAAUGAACUGAUUAGUGAAAUGAAUUUUAAUAAGAUUGUCAACCAUAAACAAAAAAAUACACAAAACGACGAGUGAUUUAAAUGAUGAUACUUUAGGGCUCUCUAACCAACCUCUCUACUAGCCAUACUUAAUUUUCUGUCAAAUCAGAUUUCUUUUGUUUAUGGUAAUAGGUGCUACGGUAGUUAUGAAGUUCGAUAUAGAGUUAUAUUUUGUCCUUACUAUUAUUUUAAUAUUUAUGUUAAGCGCUUGAUUUUUAAUAGAAUUCUUGUUUUUGUUUUUUUGUGAGACAGUGGACAAUAAUGACAGCUAUAACAGUGAAGUUACAGAAAAGAGUAUUUAUAGUGCUUUGUAGGAAAAGGAAGGGGAGAAGGUAUGGUCCAUUUAUGACAUGGAUGACAAAUUUACAUUGAAAUAAGAGUUUGAUUUGUAUGUUACUCCAGCAAUGUAUGAGGAAUCAUUCCCUAGUAUAUAUCUGAAGAUUGUUUUGGCGAGAACAUCAGCAGGAUGCAAAAAGAAAAGAAAGAAAAUGAUUUGUUGGAUGAGAUUAUUAUUCCAGUGGUUUGGUUUAAAACUGCAGUUUCUAUAAACAAUUAUAUCCUUAAGAUUAAGAUUCUAUCUCAGUAUCAGGAUCUGUGGGAUUAACAGUGGGAGUGAUAUAUUUAAAAGUUAGUGGAAAAUCAAAAGCAGCUUUAGACAUUUGAUUGUUGCGUAAAUAAUGAUGUUUCUCUAGAUCAUGGGUGUCAAACUUGAUCACAUCACAUGACAUAUCACGACAUAUCACGAUGUUUUUUGCCUUUGCAGAACCAGGGUGGGCGUGGCGCAUGCCGCCCGCAGGCUGCCUUUCAGUUUGACACCCCUGCUCUAAAUCAUGGCCAAUCAAGGAAGAACUCUGUCCCUAUUGGCUUAGUAGAGAGUUUUGUGCCUUUGAAUGGAAAAAAAAAAGGCUUCACAAAGGAAAGUGGGACUGAGGAGGCCUAGAGAUGUGGGUUUCACAAAAGGGGGUGGGGUGUAAAAAAAUCAAGAAAUGAGCAAAGUUUUACUAGUUUUACAUUCUUCUGAGAACACUGAGUUUGCUUUGGAUUCUCAGGUGUCCCAUAGUGGUUUUCUUUUUCACCUACAUGAAUCUUUUUUUCCAUACUCCUCCCUGAAGAAGAUCCACCUAUAUCUUUGGUGGGUCUGUGACAAUUCUCCACAGCCAGCUCGCCAUGACCAGCCUGCCACAGCCAACUCACCAUGGCCAACUUAUCACGGCCAACUCACUGCAGGACAACUCGCCACAGAACUUCUCACUGCGGGACAAGAGUUACACUAAUAUCAAAGAAAUGGUGGAAUAGAAUCAUUAAAGAAAGGAUGCAAAAGGAGGAACAGAAUGAAAUGUGAAUGGCAAAAAUUAAAAUAGUUGUUAUUUAUUUUAAAUAAUUAAAUAGAAUUGUUAAAUUGUCCCGCAACAAGUUGUCUUGCAGCGAGUUGGCCUUGGCGAGUUCACCCACUGCAAGUUGGCUGUGGCAAGUUGGCUGCAGUGAGUUUGCCACAGCAAGUUGGCUCUGUCUGAAAGCAAAAGAUGGAACAGAAAUUACUUAAUAAGCAUUAUUUCCCUCAUCUAACAUGAGCAACAGCAAAAGAACACUGCUAGGGCUAAAACUACUUGAUUUUUCAUUCAGAAGUGGUCGUCAUAGAUUUUGUUUUGACAUAUGGAAACCGCAAUAUGU